AUGCUAAGCCUCUUGGACCCGCAUGGUUCCCCCAUGAUAAUCUCCAUGUUCGAGGAGCACACCACUCACCAACGUGUCACCAACGUGUUCCGCGGUAUGGUGUAUAACGACACCGCCGUGCAGGAUAUUGUGGAGUACUGGGGGCGGGACACGAUCGCAGAGUAUCUCGACUUCGCGCUGGCGCGAACGACCGACCCGCUCGCUUCGCUCUGGACAGCCGAUAACUGGCGCUGCUGGCUCGACCUGCAGCAGCUCAUCCCGUGGCUUCUCAGACGUCAUCAGCGGUUACUUCUUCCGGACGGAACUGUCGACGAGGACGCGGAGGUCCUCUUCACGCCCGAUUCUCUGACGGAGGUCGUUGGAGGGUUGGAUCUCAUACGGAAGCAGAAGUUCCCACUUGGGAAUGGAUGUGGAGGUGGCUCUCAAGAGAGGUCUGGCUGCGCGUGGAAGGGGUGUGAGAGGCUGAGCGCGGAGGGUGGCGUCAGGUUGUUGAGGUGCAGGGGCUGUGGAAACGCGCGGUAUUGCGGGCGGGUAUGUCAAAGAAGUGAUUGGGUGAAGGGCGGGCACAAGGCGCGGUGCAGACGGCUGAAAGAGUCGCGCGUCGUACUGUGA